CUGGGGUAGAAGAGAAAAAUCGAAAUUGAAGAGAAAAAUAAAGGCAAGGGAAGUCGGCUAAGAGCAGAGAGAGAAGACCGACAAGGAGAGAAUGAAAAUUCCAAACCCAAAAUCCCAAAAUAAAAAUUCCCAAUCUUCCUCAACUCGAUCCAUCCAAAUUUUUUCAAAACGGUCCUUGAUCAUGAAUUCCUAAAUAAGCCCAGAAUUCUUGCCGUCAAUUUCCAUGUCACCGCCUGAGCUUUCGCGGUCGGUCAUCGCCACGAUGACCAAUUACACCGUCCCACCACUUCCACCACCGCACGCCCGGCCCCAUUGCCAUCGUUUCUGAGCUCCUCACCGCCUGGCACGCCACCAGCCUAGGGCCCGCCAGCCACUGUGGCACUGAUGCAGCUCAAUUUCUCCUUAUUAAAGGGUGCGGAUAAAAGUAAAAAAAAGAGAGGAGGUCGGUUAAAAGUGGUGGUGGUCCGAUGAGAGGAGAUCUGCCUCUCCGACGGUCUCGUUCGCUAGAAAAUGAAGUGCCUCCGAUUCCUCCGCAAGUGCAUGAACACCAAACCUUCCCAUAGCCCUAUCCAUUUCUGCGCCCCUUCUAGAAUCCUCUGACGCACCAUCCGAGGGAUGAUUCCGCAUAAAAUCAAGAGAGGAGCAGCUGCCCUGGCGAGGUUGAAGGUGUACGAGGGAGUACCUCCGCCUUAUGAUAAAACCAAGAGGAUGGUUAUCCCUGAUGCUCUCAAGGUUUUGAGGCUCCAGGCUGGUCACAAGUACUGUUUGCUGGGUCGGCUAUCGUCUGAAGUUGGGUGGAACUACGCUGAUACAAUCAGGGAGCUAGAGGCUAAGAGAAAGAAGAGGGACUUGGCGGAGGAAUUGAAGCUCGCCGCACGCUCACGGAACCCACCAUCAUCGCCCGUGGAUCUUCAUCGUCAAGAGCUCUAUAUAUUGCUCAUUUUGGAGGUUUCGAAGAAGAUUAGCAGUACGGCUUACAUGUCGGCUCAAAAACUGUGGUUAUAGUGCUGUCUUAAGUUUAGAAAAUGUUUCAGAAGCGUAGGAAAUGUUUUGGGAGGAAUAUGUUUUUUAGUGCAGCCUUGACGUAUAUGAGUAGUAUUUGUUCUACUCAAACUUAUGAAACUAUUUGUACUAUGAUGUUGCACUUAUUUAUGACAUUUGAAUAUUUAA